GCAUGUCACCACAUAUUGUGCAAUAUGGAUUUUUAUCUGGAAUUCAUGCCGCUGAUAAAUUCUGAUGUGUCAAAAGUUAAUCUGAUGUGUAUAUGCAAUUUGUAGGCUAUAUUCCAAAGAUUGAUUUCCCAUUUUAUAUAGAGCACAUUUUUAGUUUAUUCCAUCACACUUUUAGAAAACAUCACCUGCGCUGUGGGACUGGGACAUUCGCCCCUGCAGCUCGGAGUGGUCCAGAAACGGGACUUGGAAGGAAGUCUACUGAGCGGUUAUAUAGGUAGAGCCAAGGAAGAACGCUACACAGCCACACCUGAAAUAGCCCGCUGCUCUCACAAGAGACGCUUGUUUGACUAGCAGCAAUAAGAAGAAGCAACUUCGAGAUUUUUUUUUCUUCUUCUUCAUGUGUUCAUUUCUUGUUGCUUAGCUAGUUGCGUGGUUCCUCCCAGGUCGCGCCGAGCUGCGAGGUGCAAUCAUUCGCAACUGGAAAAAUCACCUCGUCGCACAGCUGGAAAAGUUAUACGUGAGCAGAUCCCGGGUGUAGUGACAGAAGAUGCUUCCUGUGCUGAUCUGUGCCCUGGUCUCUCUGAGCUUGGCCGACAACUUUGACACGGCCUACCCUGAAAUGGAGCACUACAGAACCAUCUAUGUACAAGAGAAUGGCCCUCAGCUCUCUGUGGUGACGGAGCAGUCCAAGGUGGUGUCGAGGCGGGGGGGUAAUGCCACCCUGCCCUGUAAGUUCCACAGGGAUGCGUCACUGCCGGCCAACCCCAAACUGAGGAUCAAAUGGACUAAGCUGACCUCAGACUACCUCAAAGAGGUGGAUGUCUUCGUUGCCAUGGGUUUCCACAAGCGGAGCUACGGACGUUUCCAUGGACGCGUCUACCUACAGGACUCGGCCCCCGCGGAUGCGUCGUUGGUCAUCACAGAACUCACACUGGAGGAUUAUGGGAGAUAUAAGUGUGAGGUCAUCGACGGGUUGGAAGAUGGAACAGGCGUGGUGUCUCUGGACCUGCAAGGUAUCGUCUACCCAUACUUCCCUCGGCUGGGUCGUUACAACCUGAACUUCUUUGAUGCCGAGCGGGUGUGUCGCGAGCAGGACUCCAUCGUGGCGUCGUUUGACCAGCUGUACGAGGCAUGGCGUGGGGGUUUGGACUGGUGCAACGCUGGGUGGCUGAGUGACGGAUCCGUCCAGUAUCCCAUCACCACCCCGAGGGAACCCUGUGGGGGCAAGAACACUGUUCCCGGGGUACGCAACUACGGCCUCAGAGACAAGGAGAAGAACAGAUACGACGUGUUCUGUUUCACCUCCAACUACAAAGGGCGGUUCUACUACCUGAUCCACCCCUCCAAGCUUACAUAUGACGAGGCUGUGCGUGCGUGUCAGAAGGACGGAGCUCAGAUUGCCAAGGUGGGCCAGAUGUACGCCGCCUGGAAGCUAUUGGGCUACGACCGCUGUGACGCCGGCUGGUUGGCUGACGGGAGCGUCCGUUACCCCAUCACCCGCCCCCGUAGGCGUUGCAGCCCAACGGAAGCUGCCGUGAGGUUCAACGGCUACCCUGACAAGAAACACAAGCUGUACGGAGUCUACUGCUUCAAGGGCCACAACUGAGAACCCCAAUACGCUCACACACACACACACACACACACUAGAGAAGCUAAUACAUUUACAGAGAGUAGGAUGGAGAGGGAGAUGGGAAGAGGAGUUUAGAGAGAGGGAGGUCAUAUAGGGGAAGUUACUGAUAUAAAACAUUUAAAUAAAACAUUCAAACUGUGAUAUUUUCUUUUUAGAUACAGUAAAACGAGAGGUGUGAGAGUAAUUUUAACAAACCAUGUUUUUUUGUAAUCUGGGACCUGGUAGUGUAUGGGGGAUAUGUUAUUUAAUCUGUUAUUUUUACGUAGGAACAGAAAGGGAGGAUGGAUUUGGGGAAAGGGUUGGUGAGAGGGAGGGAAUGGUGGUGGAGAAACAGAUGAUGUCACAUUGUCCCAAAGUGACAUCGUAAGUGGACGAGGCAUACCAUAGCUUGAAGGAAGUCCUUGGACUGAGAACAACCCAGUAAAGCUUCUGAUAACUGAACUGAUACCUUUGGGCGCUUACCUUUUCUGUUCAAUUAAACCCAGGACAAACAAAAGAGCAACAAUAUUCACACAAACACAAAAAGCAAAGAUAGCGUAGCUCAAGCUAUUAUUAUUAUUAUUAUUAUUAUGUUAUAGAAUGCAACUACAGCACAAUGAACAUCCAGUCUGCUGUCCAUCUUUGCAGGGUGCUACAACAGUGUCAUGUAUUUCACCAUCAUUUUGACUAGUUUAAUUAAUAAUGUGUGGACCAAACAUCAUUCUCAUCAUAGAAAUUGAUAAAAAAAAAAAAGGAAAAGCCAACCAUUAGCAUUGUUUAGUUUCUUUUUUACUAUGAAUAUGUAGAAUGUGAGUAUCUAGAAUUGUAUUUCUGUUUAUGGAUGUCUUUUGAUAUAGAAAUAUUGUUUAAUUUUCUGCGCUACGCUAUCCCAGAGUUCUGUGCUCAGUCACAGGGCUCAAGUGUUUAAACUAACCUCAGAAACAUACAAACGAGGAAACCAUAAUACAAAAGUUGCACUGGACAAUGUUUAUGUCAGAAGACUUACAGUGGCCUAGAAGGGACAAGGUAAACCGCAUUUAGUCCUCAGCAGCAACACAAAAUGCCUGGCAAUAGUUGUCUUACUGAGUAGUAUUGUGACACGCAGACCUGCAGUAUAAUAUGUAUGUUAAACACUAGUUUCUGUGCCUCUAUAUACAUCUUAGCCUCUAGUUUAGAAACACAAGGCAUGCCUCUGAGCUUUUAUACACAGCAGAAAGCCAAAAGCAACACUUGCAGUGUAAAUCCCAAUUUUUUCAAAAUAUUUUUUUUUGGUGCUAUUUUUGACACAAAUAGUUUCUUAUAGUGAAUGAGUAGACCCAGUGAUAUCUGUGAAACUGGUUGUUUGAGCACUGACAAGCUGUUAGCUAGCUAACGAUGCCAUGUUAGUCUGCAUGGCUAAGCCUCAGGCCAACAGCUCAGGCAUAUCUAUUUAUCUGCAUGAACACAGAGCCUGCGAUACCCUUGCUCACCACUACCAGUGCAGCCCACUCUAGACUAGCCCAGUGAAUUGGCCAGAUAAUCAUCCUAUUUAAAAACACCAUUGGUUCCUGCAGGUACAGUAAGAGACUCCCAUGUUAGAACAACACAAGGACUGACGUACACUAGCUUAAGAGCCUUACAGCAACACUAGCUGGCUCCAAGAGAAUGUUAGGUCAUUCCUGGAGUGUUAGGUUAGCUAUACUUGGCUCGACCUGACAUAGUUUGCUUAUUGUUGAGUUAGCAAGACUUGGCUCUACCGUGUCCUAUGACAACUGCACUCAGAGGUGAGUACAGGAACGCUAGUGGAAGGAGCAAAAAAUAUGGACCGUUAUCACAAAGACCUGCUGGACAGACACAUAUAUUUAUAUUGAAAUUAGCCUCAGAACCUAUGUUAGUACGAAAAAUAUGUACACUACCGUUCAAAAGUUUGGGGUCACUUAGAAAUGUUCUUGUUUUUGAAAGAAAAGCAAAUUUUUUUGCCCAUUAAAAUAUUGAGACUGGUGUUUUGCGGGUAGUAUUUAAUGAAGCUGCCAGUUGAGGACUUGUGAGGCGUCUGUUUCUCAUACUAGACACACUAAUGUCCUUGUCCUCUUGCUCAGUUGUGCACCGGGGCCUCCCACUCCUCUUUCUAUUCUGGUUAGAGCCAGUUUGCGCUGUACUGUGAAGGGAGUAGUACACAGCGUUAUACGAGAUCUUCAGUUUCUUGGCAAUUUCUUGCAUGGAAAAGCCUUCAUUUCUCAGAACAAUAAUAGACUGAUGAGUUUCAGAAGAAAGUUCUUUGUUUGUAAUCGAACCCACUAAUGCUGAUGCCCCAGAUACUCAACUAGUCUAAAGAAGGCCAGUUUUAUAGCUUCUUUAAUCAGAACAACAGUUUUCAGCUGUGCUAACAUAAUUGCAAAAGGGUUUUCUAAGGAUCAAUUAGCCUUUUAAAAUGAUAAACUUGGAUUAGCUAACACAAUGUGCCAUUGGAACACAGGAGUGAUGGUUGCUGAUAAUUGGCCUCUGUACGCCUAUGUAGAUAUUCCAUUAAGAAUCAGCUGUUUCCAGCUACAAUAGUCAUUUACAACAUGAACACUGUAUUUCACUGUAUUUCUGAUCAAUUUGAUGUUAUUUUAAUGGACAAAACAUUUGCUUUUUUUCCAAAAACAAGCACAUUUCUAAGUGACCCCAAAAUUUUGAACGGUAGAGUAUCUUACUUGUUUCCCCGGUCAGCAAAGCACAGUGAUUAACACUUUUUAAACAGGAAUCAUGAGCCACAACAAUGAUUAUGACAAACACAAGAGAGCUUCUGCCAGAGAACGUUACAAAUCUGUCAGAAAGCAUCACCAAUGCUUUUCUUCAACUGUACUAACAUGCUCAUUGUGAACCUUUACUAACAAAACCUUUUUGGCUGGUUCAAGAACUGCCCAUUACUUAAGAAUUAACUAUGUCAUGUAUCAAUUCAUUCAAAAGGUUAAGAAAAAACUACAACCAGGUGUAACGGGCGUCAUAUAGAGGAGACCAAGGCGCAGCGUGUUGAGUGCUCAUCGUUAUUUUUUUUAAUGAAAAACGAACGCUAGACAAAAUAAACAAAAAUGACAGCCAACAGUUCUGUCAGGUUAAACAAACUAAACAGAACGCAACGACCCACGAAAACCAAUGGGGGAAAAAAGGCUGCCUAAGUAUGGCUUCCAAUCAGAGACAACGAUAGACAGCUGCCUCUGAUUGGAAACCAUACCCGGCCAAAACAUAGAAAACAAAACAUAGAAUGCCCACCCACCUAUCACACCCUGACCUAACUAAACAGAGAAACCACAGCUCACCUAGGUCAGAGCGUGACACCAGGCAAUCAUUUUUAUCCCUACACUGUUUUGUGUACGGAAAACAUUACUCAGUUGCAGUACUGUUUGUAACUAUAUUAGGAACUUUUUGGACCCAAAGUCAAGAGGAAAAUAAAACAAUUCAAAUAAAUAAAUAAAUACUCCUGA